CUAUUGAACCAUUGAACGUCAUGCAGUUAUUCCUCGUUCAAAUGUCAAUACAUUUGAGGUCAGUUAUCUCUACAAUAGUACAAUUUACAAUUAUUUAGUCGUAUCUGCUAUGUUUUGAACAAAAUUGCGAUGGAGGGUUCCCUCAGCAAAUGGACAAAUGUAAUGAAAGGCUGGCAAUAUCGCUGGUUUGUACUAGAUGAUAAUUCCGGCCUACUAUCUUAUUAUACUUCAAAAGAAAAGAUGAUGCGUGGCGUAAGAAGGGGAUGUGUAAGACUAAAAAAUGCCAUAAUAGGAAUAGACGACGAAGACGACAGUACAUUCACUAUAACUGUUGACCACAAAACAUUCCAUUUUCAAGCUAGAGAUGCAGAAGAGAGGGAAAAAUGGGUUCAAGCUUUGGAAGACACUAUCUUCAAACACGGAAACAGGAUGAAAUGGGAUAUUCAUCAGCCUCCACCUACGAUCAAGGAUUUUCAGUACAAAGUGACGGAAGCAGAUGCAUAUCUUCAACUAAUGAUUGAACAGAUAAAGAUGCUUGAAGAGAAUAUCAGCAAAAUGAAUGAUCCUGAGGAAAAAUCCAAGUGCCAAACAAUUUUAGAACAAGCUAAUGUAAUGUUGGAUAAUGUUAAGCAUUCUAUAGUAUUACUUCAAAUAGCAAAGAACACCGCCCAUCCAGUGAAUGGUUUGGGAUUAUAUCAAAUAGUACCUGGAUCCUCCACACAUACAACAUCGCCUAUGAUUGCAGAAACAAUUGUGCCAGUAGGUCCAAUUCAAGGAGUUGAAUUAGGAUCGGAAUGUCGGGAAAAUACGAGAAGGCAGAGUAGAAAUCUUGCUUCCUCAUCGUCUUUAGCUGUGCCGGAUAUGUCUUAUUCAAGCAGCGAGGGAGAAGAGGAUUUCUUCGACGCUAACGAUUACCCUUCUGGCGUGAGCUCCAUAUCAUCGCCAACCGGACUGAAAUCAUUCGAUAAUGAUGGUGAUGAUGCAACAAAUUCUGCACAGAUAAGGCAGCAAAUUCCGAAUCUUGUCAGGAAUGUUUCUGGUAAACCAGAUGAUAUUGAACAAAUAGAUGAUGACACUUUAUAUGACGACGAUUGUGAUGAAAAUUUGGAAAUUGAUAGUAACGUUUCUGUGAUUAGACAUUUGUUGUCUCAGGUUAAGAUUGGUAUGGACUUGACCAAAGUAGUUUUACCAACAUUUAUACUGGAAAGGCGGUCUUUGCUAGAAAUGUAUGCUGAUUAUUUUGCACAUCCGGACCUGUUCAUUAGUAUUGCAGAUGCCAAAGAUCCUCGAGAUCGUAUGGUGCAAGUGGUAAAAUGGUAUCUAUCUUCGUUUCAUGCUGGAAGAAAGAGUGCCGUUGCCAAAAAACCAUACAAUCCUAUACUAGGAGAAAUUUUUCGAUGUCACUGGAACAUUCCCAAAACAUAUGAUAAACAAGCACCAACAGAUGAGGGUGUACCUGAAGGUCCUAUUUCUUGGUGUUCAAAAAAUCAAUUGGUUUUUAUUGCUGAACAAGUUUCCCAUCAUCCUCCAAUUUCAGCUUUUUAUGCAGAACACUACAACAAACGUAUUAGUUUCAAUGCCCAUGUCUACACAAAAUCCAAAUUUCUUGGACUAUCUGUUUGUGUUUACAAUAUAGGCCAAGGGGUAGUUUCAGUAUUAGAUUAUGAUGAGGAAUACACAGUUACUUUUCCCAAUGGUUAUGGCCGCUCAAUUUUAACUGUUCCUUGGAUUGAGUUAGGGGGGUCAAUAGUAAUAAACUGUCGAAAAACUGGAUAUUAUAGUAAUAUAGAAUUCAUAACUAAACCAUUCUAUGGUAACAAAAAGCACAGGAUAAAUGCAGAAAUAUUUGGACCAGAAGAUAAAAAGCCUUUUUUGACAAUUAGUGGUGAAUGGAAUGGUAUCAUGGAGGCUAAGUCGAAUGAUAAACUGGUUGAAGAAUUCGUUAUUGAUGUGAAUAAAUUAGAAAUAGUAAAAAAACUGGUUAAGCCAAUAAGCCAACAGGAAGAAAAUGAAUCUCGUAAAGUAUGGAGAGAUGUCACUUUAGGAUUAAAAGUAAAUGAUAUUGACAAGGCAACAGCCGCCAAGCAAAAAGUGGAGCAAAGGCAAAGAGAUGAAGCUAAGGAAAGAAAAGAAACUGGUGAAGAAUGGAACACAAAAUUAUUCCAGAAAGGUCUUGAAGAUAGUUGGCACUUCAUGAAACCACUUCGGCAUAGAUUACCCUCGAAUACAUGAAUUAUACAAUUAAGAAGAUGAAUUCAACUCUGUGCUUUUCUCAAAACCAUCCUACAAACUGUCUAUGGAACAAGAUUAUUUUCAUAUUUAUAUUGAACUGUGAUACACUAUCAUAUUAUGGAAAUGUGAGCACUGAUAGAGGCAGAAGAUCGAUCGCUGCAGGACAGCUGAACGUCUUCAAACUUCUAUUAAAUUCAUUCUUAAAAAUUUUCUUGUACAUUGAAAUGGCAUUUAUUUAUCCAUACUAGGGUUUAAGUCGAAAAUAAAUGUUUUCUCAUAACUUUUUUAUUUACAAUUCACUUCUAGAGUGUUGAAAUGAUGGUGCAAUCCAAAUUUCAUGUGACUUACAUUUCCAUGUUGAAUAAAUCAUACAAACAUAUCGAA